CAGAAUGGGAGCUGAUUCUUAAUGAUUCCUCCACAGAGAGGAUCAGGAGAGCUCACAGGUUCCCAGAGGUCAGUCUGCCCAGCAGCAUCAAACACACCUGGACUCCAUAUUUAUGCUGCUGGAGGAGAACAUCCUCACUUUUGUGAAGAACGAGCUGAAGAAGAUCCAGAAGGUUGUGAGUUCAGAUUACCCAGAAUGCUUGGGGGUGGAUGAGGAGCUGUUGGACGGUGAGGAUGAAGAGCAGAGGAGGAGCAGCAGAGAGGCAUUUCUGAAGAUCACACUGCACUUCCUGAGGAGAAUGAAGCAGGAGGAGCUGGCUGACUGUCUGCAGAGCAGUCAUACGGGAGUUUGUCAGCGUGAACUCAAAUCUAACCUGAAGAAGAAGUUCCAGUGUGUGUUUGAGGGGAUCGCUAAAGAAGGAAAGCCAAUCCUUCUGAACCAGAUCUACACAGAGCUCUACAUCACAGAGGGAGGGACUGCAGAGGUCAAUGAUGAACAUGAGGUCAGACAAAUUGAAACAGCAUCCAGGAAAUCAGACAGACCAGAAACAACCAUCAGACAAGAAGACAUCUUUAAAGUCUCACCUGGAAGAGAGGAACCAAUCAGAACAGUGAUGACAAAAGGAGUGGCUGGCAUUGGGAAAACAGUCUUAACACAGAAGUUCACUCUGGACUGGGCUGAAAACAAAGCCAACCAGGACAUACAGUUCACAUUUCCAUUCACCUUUAGAGAGCUGAAUUUGCUGAAAGAGAAAAAGUACAGCUUGGUGGAACUUGUUCAUCACUUCUUCUCUGAAAUCAAAGAAGCAGGAAUCUGCAGUUUUGAAGAGUUCCCGGUUGUGUUCAUCUUUGACGGUCUGGAUGAGUGUCGACUUCCUCUGGACUUCCACAACAAUGAGAUCCUGACUGAUGUUACAGAGUCCACCUCAGUGGAUGUGCUGCUGACAAACCUCAUCAGGGGGAAACUGCUUCCCUCUGCUCGCCUCUGGAUAACCACACGACCAGCAGCAGCCAAUCAGAUCCCUCCUGAGUGUGUUGGCAUGGUGACAGAGGUCCGAGGGUUCACUGACCCCCAGAAGGAGGAGUACUUCAGGAAGAGAUGCAGAGAUGAGGAGCAUGCCAGCAGGAUCAUCUCCCACAUCAAGACCUCACGAAGCCUCCACAUCAUGUGCCACAUCCCAGUCUUCUGCUGGAUCACUGCUACAGUUUUUGACAAUGUGUUGAAGACCAGAGAGGGAGGAGAGCUACCCAAGACCCUGACUGAGAUGUACAUCCACUUACUGGUGGUUCAGUCCAAACUGAAGAACGUCAAGUACGAUGGAGGAGCUGAGACAGAUCCACACUGGAGUCCAGAGACCAAGAAGAUGACUGAGUCUCUGGGAAAACUGGCUUUUGAUCAGCUGCAGAAAGGAAACCUGAUCUUCUAUGAAUCCGACCUGACAGAGUGUGGCAUCGAUAUCAGAGCAGCCUCAGUGUACUCAGGAGUGUUCACACAGAUCUUUAGAGAGGAGAAAGGACUGUACCAGGACACGGUGUUCUGCUUCAUCCAUCUGAGUGUUCAGGAGUUUCUGGCUGCUCUUCAUGUCCAUCUGACCUUCAUCAACUCUGGUGUCGAUCUGCUGUCAGAAGAACAAACAACCUCCCGAUUGUCUGAAGUCUUUAGAGACAAACCUAAACUAACACAUUUCUACCAGAGUGCUGUGGACAAGGCCUUACAGAGUCCAAACGGAAACCUGGACCUUUUCCUUCGCUUCCUCCUGGGUCUAUCACUGCCGACCAAUCAGACUCUCCUACGAGGUCUGCUGACAAAGACAGGAAUAACUUCACAGACCAAUCGGAGAACAAUCCAGUACAUCAAGAAGAAGAUCAGUGAGGAUCUGUCUGCAGAGAAAAGCAUCAAUCUGUUCCACUGUCUGAAUGAACUGAAUGAUGGUUCUCUAGUGGAGGAGAUCCAACAGUCCCUGAGUUCAGAACAUCUCUCCACAGAUAAGCUGUCUCCUGCUCAGUGGUCAGCUCUGGUCUUCAUCUUACUGUCAUCAGAAAAAGAUCUGGACAUGUUUGACCUGAUUAAAUACUCUGCUUCAGAGGAGGCUCUUCUGAGGCUGCUGCCAGUGGUCAAAGCCUACAACAAAACUCUACUGAGUGGCUGUAACCUCUCAGAGAAAAGUUGUGAAGCUCUGUCCUCAGUCCUCAGCUCCCAGUCCUCUAAUCUGAGAGAGCUGGACCUGAGUAACAACGACCUGCAGGAUUCAGGAGUAAGGCUGCUGUCUGCUGGACUGGAGAGUCCAGACUGUAAACUGGAAACUCUAAGACUGAGUGGCUGUAACCUCUCAGAGAGAAGCUGUGAAGCUCAAUCCUCAGUCCUCAGGUCCCAGUCCUCCAGUCUGAGAGAGCUGGACCUGAGUAACAACGACCUGCAGGAUUCAGGAAUGAAGCUGUUGUCUGCUGGACUGGAGAGUCCACACUGUAAACUGGAAACUCUCAGAGUGAGUGUCUGUAACCUCUCAGAGAGAAGCUGUGGAGCUCUGUCCUCAGUCCUCAGCUCCCAGUCAUCUAGUCUGAGAGAGCUGGACAUGAGUAACAACGACCUGCAGGAUUCAGGAGUGAAGCUGCUGUCUGCUGGAUUGGAGAGUCCACACUGUGAACUGGACACUCUUAGGAUGUCAGGCUGUCUGAUCACAGAGAAAGGCUGUGCUUCUCUGGCCUCAGCUCUAAGCUUCAACCCCUCCCAUCUGAGAGAGCUGGACCUGAGCUACAAUCAUCCAGGAGAAUCAGGAGUGAAGCUGCUGUCUGCUGGGGUGGAGGAUCCACAUUGGAGCUUGGAAACUCUCAGGGUGGAGCCUGCUGGAGUCCGAUGGUUCAGACCAGGUCUGAGGAAGUAUUCCUGUGAACUCGCACUCGACACAAACACAGUACACAGAAAACUCAAACUGUCUGACAACAACAGGAAGUUGACACAUGUGGAUGAAGAUCAGUCAUAUCCUGAUCAUCCAGACAGAUUUGACUACUGGGAGCAGCUGCUGUGUAGAACUGGUCUAACUGGUCGCUGUUACUGGGAGGUCGAGUGGAAAGGAGGAGUUUAUAUAUCAGUGAGUUACAGAGGAAUCAGAAGGAGAGGAGACAAUGAUGACUGUUUGUUUGGAGGGAAUGAUCAGUCCUGGAGUCUGUUCUGCUCUGAUGAUGGUUACUUUGUCUAUCACAAUAAGACAAGAACAUCCAUCUCCUACUCCUCCUCCUCCUCCUCUGGUAGAGUAGCAGUGUAUGUGGACUGUCCUGCUGGCUCUCUGUCCUUCUACAGAGUCUCCUCUGACACACUGAUCCACCUCCACACCUUCAACACCACAUUCACUGAACCUCUUUAUCCUGGGUUUGGGUCCAGGUUCAAGUCCUGGUCUGGUUCCUCAGUGUCUCUGUGUUCUCUGUAGGAGGGAGAGUCUGCUCCUGGUAGAGAAACUUUCUCUGUGCUAACCAGAUAGUUCAGUCUGUACAGGAUCACACACAGCUGAUGUUAGUUAGUACCAACCUGAUCUCUCAGUGGUUGUAAAUGCAGUCUGACCAGGUGAGGGGUACCUGAGCUGGUCUGGACUCUGGGGGGUUGAGUGCUCUCUGGAACUUGUGGGGUUGCAGAAUGAUGGCUGAAAGAGCUGAGCGAGGUCCAUGUAAUUACCUGAAAUGAUCAGUUGUCUGAGAGAAGGUGUGAAACAUGUUUUACUUUGUGUAUAAAACUGAGCUUUGUUGUCUUGAAACAUUUGUUUGUGUGAAGAAAAACCUACGAAUGUCAAACAAGAUUCUUUCUGGAUCAAAUUCCACAUCCGUGGAAAAAUAAUCACGUGUAAAGAGUUGUUUUGAUUAGAACAAACUAAAUUCAUCAUCUUGUGUCAUUGUGUAACAAAUGAACAAACUUUGA